AUCAAAAUCUAACCUCCAGUAACACACGUGUGUAAAUUUCAAAUUGAGAUCGACGGUAGUGUUAGUUUAAGUAAAAAUAAGUGGACGUGAACCAUGUGAACAGUUAAGUAUUUCCAAGUAUACUAAAGAAAAUAAGAAUGUCGCGAAUCGCCGACACAAAGGAAGUGAUAAUAACCAGUGACAGCGCCGGAGAGCACUGGAGUGCCUCCGUGUGGGAUCCUCGAACCGGUUCAUCGUUAUCGACCUACAAGAACGCGGGCGCCCUGACGCACGGAACUCUUCAACUCCUCAGCGACAGUUACAUGAUAGGAGCUGAUAUCACGAAGCCUCGAAUAUACGUUUGGCCCUUGAACAACCCAAGUCCCGUGCCUAACCUAAGAUUAACAACGCCUGGAAAGGUAACAGCAUUGGCGUGCACCCCGAGCGGUGCUUACAUGGUAGCAGCAAUCUCCGAGAGACUGUUUAUCUGGCAAGUUUGCAACGGUCGAUUGCUGGCCAAUUUAUCACAGCACUAUCAAACCGUGAACUGUCUAUCGUUCAGCAAAGACGGCUCGAGCUUCGCCAGUGGGGCCGAGGACGGUCUGGUGUUCGUGUGGAGCUUGUACCGCGUUCUCAACGACGAAAGAGCCGCCCCUCUUCACGGAUUUUCUCAUCAUUCCCUACCAGUCAAGGAUCUACAAUUCGGCCACGCUCGAGGCAGGUUAUGUUCCGUUUCACUCGAUAGAACGUGCAAUAUUUACGAGCCCAACAGCGGGCUACUGUUGCUCACCCUAGUGUUCGACGUGCCCCUUACGGCGGUUCGCAUGAACGCGCGCGAAAGCGACUUGUUCGUCGGCUGUACCGACGGGAGCGUCUAUCGAUUCAACCUUCACGAACCGCCACGCGGUAUCGAGCAUCACGUGCAGGUCGGGAAGAACAAUUCCGAAGGCGUGAUCUUCCAGGGGAAUAAAUCGACGAUCGUGGCCUUAUCGAUAUCGAUAGACUCUCGUUAUCUGCUCACUGGCUCCACCAGCGGGGAAGUUCACGUUUGGGACAUCGCCAGCAGACAAAUUCUUCGAACGAUCGAUCACAAGGGACCAAUCACGGCCGCGUUCUUCGCGAAAUACUGUGAGAACUUCCGGGUCACCGAGCUUAAGCCGCGCUUGCAAGUAUCCAACCUGCAGAGGAUAUCGGACGAUACCGAUGGGAAGCAGAGCUCCUCCAUCGAGGUGAUCUCGCGGGAUCGAAAUCCCGCGGAUGUUUUGAACUUCGACGCUUACGUCGAGAACGAGGCGGCUGGAUCGGAUGAUCCGUCUUUGCGUAAUCUGCUCGAGAUGAGAGAAGAGAUCGAGAGACUGAAGAAAAUCAACGCGGCCAUUUACCAAUACAGCGUGAAAUGCAUUCUGGAUGGGACGGAUCGGUGAAACGGAAACUGGGAUUUGCCCUGACUCUUUUCAACAUUGCGAGUUUAUUAACCAUUUGCGCUGUAACUGUCCCCCCCCCCUCUCUCUCUCUCUUUCUCUCUCUCUCUUUUUUAUCGACCAACUCUGAUUUUAUUCUUAUGGUUUUCAGAGGGAAUAUCAUAAUAUCAUUUGUAUACAGUACGAUACUUUUUCGACCUUUAUCUCAAGUAUUAUAAUAGUUUUGCUACCUUUGAACUGAUCUUACAGUGCGGAGUGUUAAUUACUACAUCGACGCGUUUUUAUAUGGAUACUUCAAUAAAGAGUACCUGUUGUCAGCUAUAA